AUGAAUGCCAUGAUGCCGCCUCCCAACAUGUACCCAGGGAUGCCUGCCAUGCCGAUGUUUCCUGGAAUGCCACCCGUGCCCUCGAUGCCUGAGCAGACUCCAUCGAAGAAUGCGAAGUCUCGCAACAACAAGCCCGAGGCUCCCGGAGGAGGAGGAAAGAACCAACGAGAGCCGAAAGGCAAGAGACGGACUAAGGGCAAGAACUCCAAGGAUGAGCCGAGUGCUGCAAUUGAAGACGACGCGAAUCUCAGCCUCCUACUGAACCAGGUUCGGCGAAGGCAGCGUGACGUCUCUCUCGAAGAGGUGUUGAGCGAGAAAUUGGUCGUCGAGUUCGCGAAGGAUCAGCACGGCAGUCGGUUCCUCCAGACAAAGUUGGAUGAGGCACCCGACGAUGUCAAGCGGAUGGUCUAUGCGGCCAUCCAGGAAGAUGCUGCAGAGCUGUCGAAGGAAGUUUUCGCUAAUCAUGUGGUCCAGAAGAUCUUUGACACGGCAGACACGGUGAGCCUACGUCUGCUGAAUCGGUUGCGCGACGAGGCCUUGGUGCGAGCGCUGGCGGAUAAUGUCGCAGCGCUGUCACAAGACCAGUAUGGCUGCCGUGUCAUCCAGAAGGCGAUUCAAGCAGUCUCCAAAGAGUCCCAGCAGCAGAUUGCGCGGGAGUUGGAGGAUCACGUGGAGUCCUGCAUCAGGACUGCUCGCCAGAAGCUGACGCUGUGGAGCCGCAAACUGGGGAAUGCCAGGGUGAUCCAGAAAUGCAUCGAGCAGAUGCCGCCGGACUCCGUUAACUUCGUUAUCAAAGCGGUGGAGCAGAAGGCAGAAGAGACGGCACGGCACGUGUACGGCUGUCGUGUGAUUCAGCGUCUUCUCGAACACUGCGUAUCGGCGCAGCUGGAACCAAUGUUGGAGAAAAUCCUCGUGAAUGUGGCCGUGCUGGCAAAGGAUGCUUACGGCAAUUAUGUUGUGCAGCACAUGCUGGAGCACGGCCGCAAAGAAGACAAGAAACGAAUCUUCGGCUGCGGCGCGAAAGCUCGGGAUGGGAAGGGAUCGGAUCGGAGGCUGCGCCGGCAGGUUCAGGCGGAUGGCUUCCGUGACCAGGUGGUCGAGAAGUGCUUCGAGGCGGCGACUGUGGGUGAGAAUGCGGACGAUCCACUGAUCCAGCAGGAGUUGGGCAAUUCAACAGCCUCCCGCGAAACCUCCCUUGCCAUCUUGCAGGAGCGCAACUUGCUGAUGCGAAUGGUGCUGGAGAGGCUGCAGCUUUCAUUUUCGGGUUUCGAAGUGAGAUUGGAGUGA